AUGAAUCAAUGGGAGGGAACUAUCAUCAGGGCGUCAUCAUCCAAGAUUCAGACUUUCUUGGGCCUCUCGAAUAGCGUCCAUGAUCGAGACGUUUGGCAGCAGUUCUUACGUCUUUCUAAAGACUUUCAUGAUCAACUGGGGAUUGAUACGAUAUGCGCUUGGGGCUCGAUGGAACCUAAUGUCAAGGUUGCUCUUCGACGUCAGCUGAAAGAGCUAUGUUUUCAAAAAGGGCUUUUCACCGGAAGAGAUGUGGAGCCCGCCCUCGAAUGGCGAUUGUAUCAGCUUCAAAGGAAUAGGCGAGCGGAAGCGCGGAAGGUAAAACCGACAACCGAGUCUGUCAGCGAGUCUUCACCCACCGCAAACACACAGGACUCCACUAGCAAAGUGAGUUAUUAUGAUCCUGUAAGGGAUACAUAG